ACUGGGUAAACCGCGGACACACAGGCUGGCGAUGAUGUGACAACGACACUGUGUAGUCCCGUUCGGCGCUAACAAAGAAAUGGGGCUCGCCUGAUGCUUCUCGUGUUUCCCAAAGGGUGUCGUUUGACAACCAUUGUUUCCUGCUCAGUUUGGAAAAACGGGAUCCGCUCAGAUGAGUUCGCCAACGUUGGAGGCUUCAGAUAAUGAGUACCAGAGCUGCGACAGCAGCCUGAGCGGCGAAGCGAUGAACGACGAGGCUGCCGCCUUGGCGGCGAGUCCCUUGCCCGCCUUCUACUGCGAGUUCUGCGAGAAGCACUGCACGGACAAUGACGACUUCCGGAGCCACGUCAACUCGGUGGAGCACCGGACGACCCUCUUGUCGGAUCGAGGCAAAGCGUGGAGGCACAGGCCGCCUCCGCGAGGCAUUCCGACGGAGGAGUACACUACAUGUCUGAGUCACCAGAUGUACGGCCAGUGCCGCCUGGGAGCGCAGUGCUGCCAGGCGCACAGCACGGAGGAGCUGGAAGAAUGGAAGGAGCGGCACCGGUACCGGAGGAUGCGGAUGCAGAAGGCGCAGGAGCAGCAGCUCGAGGGCUACCACCAGUACUGCGAGGAGCUGCUGCGGCGCUUCUCGGAGGCCAAGGACCCGGCGGCCAUGAACGCCGUCAUGACGGACCAGAUCAAGGGGCUGCGCUUGGUGUGCCGCCAGCCGCUCAAGCUCACCGUCAGCUCCAAGGAGACGCAGCACGUCUGGGAGUUCUGCCUGCAGACAAUCACGCCUGUGCGGAAGGCAGUGCUGCUGCGGGACUCCUUCCGGAGCCACUUCUUCCUGAAGCAGGUGCAGUGGAGCCUGUACAACCUGAACCUGCCCCCAGACUGCCAGGAGUGGGUCAAUUCCUUCUCUCACGCCAAGGAAGCAAAGUCCGUACUCACCUACACAAUCAAGGUGGGCUUCCGCUCGUCAAUGUACGCCACCUACAACCAGACGCUGGCGCUCGACUUCGGCGGCUUCCCCGUGCUCGUGCAACACCUGAGCGUGGACACGGUACCGGCCGACACCCUGGGGGACCUGCAGCGCCAGCGCCGCCUGGUGGUGUCCGGGGAGUCGCGCUGGACCCCCGCCACGGUGGACCUGGUCCCCUGCGGGGACUGGGACAGUGGCGUGCGCAGGGACAGCAUGGCGGACCCCCUGGCCCGGCUGUACCCAGUGCCGGAUGCGGCGACGUUCCAGCUCACGCAGGCGGUGCUCGGGGACCGGCUGACCAGGGAGAUGUAUGUGGCACGCAUGCACCAGCUGCUCUACGUCGAGGAGAUGGCACGGGCGGACAUCGUCGCACGCUACAACAUCAAGGUGUUCCUGGACAUUGUGGACACCAUUACGUCGUCGUCUGCCAAUGCGUCGGACUCUUACUAUGCGCAAGGCGGCGAGCUCUAUGCCAAGCUGAACCUGGAGUCUGAGCUGACAGACGACACUCCGGCCGGCCGUCUGGUCUUGCAGAACUGCCGUCUGCUCUGGCUGUCGUCUGCCGGAGCGCCUCAGUCGGCUGGGAGGAAACGCAGGGUGUAUGAGGCACCCAUCGAGAUCACCAAGAAGAAGUGCGUCUACCUCAGGUUGUCGAAGCAGUGCGUUGACGAGCUGCAGCUGAAGCCAAGGACGGAGUUCGAAGCCGAGGUGCAGUUCCUCCUCGACCGGAUCUCCCUGUGCGAGAUGCACUACGCAGUCGACAAGCUGAGCACGCCGAACCUCGUCUUCCCUGACUUCAAAGUGAAACCGCCGACGUUUGACCCGUGCGACGUCCUGGACUGGGACCCGCGGCUGAACUCGCAGCAGCGGAGGGCGGUCGCCUGCGUGGUGGCGCCCCGGACCACCCCCGGCGUGCCGCCGGUGAUCGUGGUGGGGCCCUUUGGGACGGGCAAGACCUUCACCCUGGCCCAGGCAAUGCUUCAGGUGCUCAGGCAGGAGGGCACCCGGGUGCUUGUGUGUACCCAUUCCAACAGUGCUGCCGACCUGUACGUACUGGACUACCUGGACAAGCUUAUCCACAACCAACCCGAAGCACGCCCGCUCCGAGUCCUGUACCAGUACCGGUUUCCGGCCAGCAUGGACAAGCGGAUGCUCCAGUACUGCCUUCAGGUGCCGAGGGAGCAGCAGACGAAGUCGGGACCCUGGUUCCGUGCCCCCACAAAGGAGGAGCUGGAGGCCCACAGAGUGAUCAUCACCACGCUGUCUUCCUCCAAGAUGCUCCUCGCCACCGGCAUUGAGAGAGGUUUCUUCACGCACAUCUUCGUGGACGAAGCGGCCCAGGCCAUGGAGACGGAGUGCAUCCUUCCGCUGGCACUGGCAGACUCUUUGACGCGGAUUGUGCUGGCCGGCGACUACAUGCAGCUCAACCCCGAGGUGUACUCUGUGUUCACCCGGGAGCGCCGGCUCCACGUGUCGCUGCUGGAGCGCCUGCACGACCUCUACCCGGACGACCACCCGUGCAAGGUGGUGCUCUGCGACAACUACCGCUCGCACGAGGCCCUGGUGCGUUACACCUCGGAGAGCUUCUACAAGCGCCGCCUGGUGGCGGCGGCCACGCCUGGCCCCCACCACAUACUCUACCCGCUGAGCUUCUUCGCGGCGCGCGGCUGCGACGUGCCCCGGGACGGCAGCACCUCCUACGUCAACGACGAAGAGGUGAACGAGAUCCGGGACGUGGUUGCCAGACUGGUGGAGACGUGGCCCCAGACGUGGGGGCCCCGCAAGCUCUCGCAGAUUGCCGUCGUGACGCCUUACUUCGACCAGGUCCAGAGCAUACGGACGGCGCUACGAUCUCGGAGGCUCAACGAAGUCAAGGUGGAAAGUGUCGCCAACGUACAAGGCAAGGAGUUCCGAGCCGUGGUGCUGAGCACGGUGCGUACGCGCGCCACCUGCUUGCGGCUGGAGCGCAGCACGCCGGUCAAGGAAGCGCUGGACUUCGGCUUCCUGUCCAACGCCAAGCUUCUCAACACGGCCAUCACCCGGGCACAGUCGCUCGUCGUGGUCGUCGGGGACCCCGUAUCGCUCUGCUCCAUCGGUGCCUGCCAGAAACUUUGGGAGACCUUCGUAAAGACAUGCAGCGAGCACCACAGCCUGCACUACAUGACCUGGGCGGAAAUUAAGUACCAGCUUGACGGCUUCGAGCUCCAGAAGGAGUACGGGCUCAACCCGCAUGCCGAGAGCUUUUGGCCCAGCCGGCCCUUCUUCACUGAGGCACCUUCGUUGCAGACGCAGCCGCAAGGCCGGCCUGCCACCGGUAUCCAUGGCGACGACCAGCCCAGGGCACCCUACUAUUCCUACGGGUUCCAGCACUACCCAGGACACAUGAUGACGGCCAUUGACCGUCGCUUCUGCGGUGCUGUGCUCAACGGAGGUGCUCCGCAAUCGAUGCCUCAGAGCCCCUGGUACCCUCCAAUGUACCCAGCGCCGCCACCUCAAGCGUCUUAUCCGCAGAACCAGUUGCCUCAACAGCACGUCUGGCCACAGCAGCCAACAGACGUGCCGAGGUACCAGCCCCAGCAGAUGCGUCCUCCAGAGGGGAGCUAUCUUCAGUACCAGCAAGGGGUCUACAGCCACUUCCAGCAGGGGAAUCCACAGUUCCAGCAGGGGAAUCCACAGUUCCUUCGGGGGAAACCACAGUUCCAGAAGAGGAGUGUGCAGUUCCAACAGCAAGUCCAUCAGCUUUAUCCGCAAGGGAACGUCCUCCAGUACCAGCAGGGGACACUGCAGAACCAGCAGGGCAGCCGGCUGUACGAACAAGGGAUGCUGCAACAACAGCGUCCGCAAGGAAACCCCCUGUACCAGCGAUUAGCACCGUCGCAGGCGCAGCAGCCGGAGCAGCAAGCCCUGCGCCCCGAGCACCAGCAAAGGCCCCAGAUGCAUCCGCAGCACCAAGCACCACUGAUGCAGCCACAGCCACAUCCGCAGCCACAGCCGCAGCCACAGACAAAGCCGACAUACGAUUACAGCCAGCAGCAGCCUCAGCCGUUGCAGAUGCAUAAGCAAGGGCAGCCGAGAUUACAGAGUCAGCAGCUGACGCAGCAGCUUCAGCAGCACCACGCUGGAGGAGUGCAGAUGUCACUCAACCCAAGUGCUUCUGAUUAUGCGGGACAUCCAGUGCAGCAGAAGUUCGGUGCCCGCCCCGUGCAGCCGUCGCAGCGACCGGUAGCCAUGGAGGACGUCUUUGCGAGAAUGAUGCUGGACGACGACGCGAAUGCGGAGCCAGGGGCGGCCCCAGCGUCAACAAAGCAGACAAAAAAUGCACCUGGUGUAACACGGGUUCUCGCCUCAAAGUCGCCCGUGCCCGGCCAAUGGAAGAACAACUGGCUGCACAAGAGCCAGCCUCCGAGCCAGCCUCCGAGCCAACCUUCGAGCCAACCUUCGAGCCAGCCGUCGAGCCAGCCAUCGAGCCGCCCGUCUAGCCAGUUGGGCUGGAGUUCCAACGGGCUUGAGAACGGCUUCGUGCAGAAGAUGUGGGACACAGAGCAGCGGCAGGUCCACCAGACGAACUCGCAUCCAACAAAACCCCGUCAGACGAACAACCACCAGACAAACGCCCAGCAGGUGGCACUGCAGGGCGGACGGGGCCGCGGUGGGCCGUGCCAGACGCGGCGGCUCGCCGAACCGGCGCCGGUCCAUAACACAAAGUCUGCAGACGUGCAGCCGUCUUCAUCACCCAAGCAUUCGGCUAAGCCGAUUGUAGCCUAUGUUACGGCUGCGCUGAAGCCGGUCACCUGGGAGAUGCAGGAGCAGCACGUGGUGGCGUCGUCUGCUCUGCCCCGGGUGAUGUCGCUGCCCAAGCCAACGACUGCCGAAGACGUGCAGGAGUACCACAAGCUGCUGACUCAGGACGACGACGAGAGGGAGAAAGACGCGCUCACGAGCCGGCUCCAGCAGGAACUUGCGCGCAGACGCGAGCAGUCGACGAGUUUGCCAGGCACCGCGUCGCGGAUGGCUCCGCUGCGGGCCGCUCCUGUGCAGCCGACUCCUGUGCAGACGGCUCCGGGUGCGCGGCAGACGACGGCAAACAUGCAGCCGGCUCCUGCAGUAAAGCAGACGUACGCCCAGGUCCUAAACAGUAGGUGUAGGAAUGGACGUGACGGCAGAGGUGGCUGUUAGGUUUGUCUGAGGUCUCUUUUGCCAACAAGACAACAAGGCCAUAGUGCUGGGUUUUUGAUGUCACUUACCAAAAGUCAGUGUGGGGCACAAAUUGGAACAUGGAUCUCAGCAGAACGCUAACGCAGCAGUCGUGUCCAAUUUGUGCCCCCGCUGGCCUCCAAUGGGCGACACCGGAAAUUUAGCACAACGACCUUGUUGAAUAGGUGUUCUCUUGAGCACCUUUUCGUCAUCCAAAGCUGCAAUACUCGAAAGACGACGGCAUGUUGCGGUUUUGCUGUGGUUGCCACGGCACCCAAAAUCUAUUAGCUUUGCAUUCCUUCUUUUUUUUUUUUUUCGCUGUCGCAUUGCAGACGUGUUGAUGCCUGAACUUUGCAGACUCCGGUGACCUGGAAUUUUUCGCGAGACUGCGUUUGAAUAGGUCUGUAUUGGCGGUGGGCCGUUUCGAAUCUAGCUAUCUUCCCAGGAUCAACUGGAAUGUGAUAACACUUGUAUGCUCAUUGGAGUAGUGCAGGUGAAAGGCGACAAAACGCUGGGGUCGAUUACUACGACCAAUAAGAAUGUUCGAUGUGGCGGCGUCGUUGGCGGAUCUCUUCAACAUGUUCCAGUACAAGCUUCGUACCUGAGGAUUUUUGUACGUGCUCGAAGAACAGACGUUAGUCAUAUUUUUUUUUCUUUGUAACCAACCAAGUUUUUGGCACAUACUUAACGUCGAAUAUGAACUCUCACAUUACUCGAUACUAGCACAACUGCAGGACUGGUUGUUGCACUCCAGAGGUGGAGCCCACGUUAAAUGUGCAUAUGUUUGUGAUUCUGUGAAUGCUCUUGGUACAUUCCCCCGCCUCCUUCUAAUGUUUAUAAGUGUCUCCCCCCAUAGAAAAAUGUAAAAAUAUUUCUCAUAUUUUUCCAAGGUUCUAAGUAUUACAUUUAAACCAAAGUCAUUCUGAAGGAACAAUCAUUCUUUUCAAUCUCUAUGUUGAUGUUUAAAUAAAAGUCUUGUACAGUGA